UGUUUGUGGAAGGAUGACAGCUGAGGAGCACUGCGGAACGAUUCUUAUCUCUCCUGCUUUUUUUCAAGUGGUCAGGUCAUUAUCUUCUCGACAAGACCCAGAUAUGGCCAAAACAGACGUGCUGCAAAACAGCCAAAGGGAUAUUUGUUUAAGUGAUCUCCAAAAUGAAGAUGACAAAAGUAGAAAGGAGAAGGUGCCAAAAGUUGGCCCCAUUGAACUGUUCAGGUUUGCAGACGGCCUAGACAUUGUUCUGAUGGUCUUUGGGACCUUGAUGUCUGUGGUACACGGGUGUGUGUUGCCUCUGAUGUGCGUUGUGUUCGGCGACAUGGCCGACAGGUUUAUACUAUACUCAACAUCAGUCAAUACCAAUUCCACCAUCAGGAUUGUCGACAACACUUUGGAUGAGGACAUGAACAUUAUCUGCAUCUACUUCUGCAUCGCAGCGUUUGUAGUGUUGGUGACAGCCUACAUGCAGGUCACCUUCUGGACUUUGGCAGCUGGACGGCAGGUCAGAUGCAUCCGCAAGCAUUUUUUCCACAGCGUCAUGCAACAGGACAUCAGCUGGUUUGACCUCAACAAGACAGGAGAGCUCAACACUUGUCUCACUGAUGACAUUUAUAAAAUACAAGAGGGAAUUGGUCACAAAAUGGGUAUGCUGUGCAAGUCCUUUACUACCUUCAUCAUAUCCCUCAUAGUUGGUUUAGUUAAAGGAUGGAAGCUCACUCUGGUCAUCUUGGCCAUCAGCCCCUUGUUGGGACUAUCAGCCUAUUUUUUCAGUAAAACGGUGAUAUCAUUCACGUCUAAAGAACAGGCUGCCUAUGCUAAAGCGGGAGCUGUGGCACAGGAGGUGCUUUCUUCCAUCAAGACAGUGUUUGCCUUCAGUGGUCAGCAGAAAGAAAUUGACAGGUAUCAUAAGAACUUGGAGGAGGCCAAGAAAGAGGGAAUUAAGAAGGCAAUGAGUUCAAAUAUUGCUGUUGGCUUCACCUUCAUGAUUCUCUACCUGUCUUACGCUCUAGCCUACUGGUAUGGGAGCACUCUUGUUCUGAGUAAGGAGUACACUGCUGGUAUUAUACUUGCAGUUUUAUUUACUUUGCUUCUUGGAGUAUUUGCAUUGGGGGAGACAUCACCGAACAUCCAAUCCUUUGCCAGUGCUCGAGGAGCUGCAUACACACUCUUCAACAUCAUUGAAAAUAAACCAAGCAUCGACAGCUAUUCGGAAAGUGGGUACAAACUUAACUUUAUCAAUGGAAAUAUUAAGUUCAAGAAUAUCCACUUUAACUACCCUUCAAGGCCAGAAGUCAAAGUAUUAAACAACUUAUCCCUGAGUGUGAAGAGUGGACAGACCAUUGCCUUAGUAGGAAGCAGUGGCUGUGGAAAAACCACCACAAUACAGCUUUUGCAAAGGUUCUACGAUCCUCAGGAGGGAUCUAUAUCUAUUGAUGACCAUGACAUCUGCUCUCUCAAUGUCCGCUACCUGCGAGAGAAUAUUGGAGUGGUUAGUCAAGAGCCAGUCCUUUUUGCCACCACCAUCGCAGAGAACAUCCGAUACGGACAAACUGAUGUGACACUGCAGGAGAUAGAGCAAGCUGCCAAGGAGGCCAACGCUUAUGACUUUAUAAUGACCCUUCCUGAUAAGUUUGAGACAUUGGUUGGGGAUCGGGGGAUUCAGAUGAGUGGAGGACAGAAGCAGAGAAUCGCAAUUGCUCGAGUACUUGUCCGUAACCCCAAAAUCCUUCUGCUGGAUGAAGCAACAUCUGCUCUUGAUGCCGAGAGUGAAACAGUGGUUCAAUCUGCACUGGACAAGGUCAGACUGGGUAGAACCACGUUAAUUGUGGCCCAUCGCCUCUCAACUAUCAGAAACGCUGAUAUCAUCGCUGGCAUACAAAAUGGAGAGGUUGUAGAGUUGGGGACUCACAGCCAGCUGAUGGAAAAACAGGGUGUCUACCACACUCUAGUCACCAUGCAGGCAUUUGACAAAGAGGAGGAGCAGGAUGAAGAGCAAGAUGAUAAGAACCAACAAGCGCUCUCUGAAUCUCCCCUGUGCAGGAGGAAGUCCAUAAGAGGUUGUUCCUGUGUUAAUUCAGAGGAAAAGAAAGAAGAAAAAGAAAAGCUGGUGGAUCCCAAAGACAAGCCAGAGGAUGAAAAUGCUCCGCCUGUGUCUUUCCUCGAAGUGAUGCGCCUCAACCUUCACGAGUGGCCUUACAUUUUGCUGGGUCUCAUCUCUGCUUGCAUCAAUGGAAUAAUCCAUCCGCUCUACUCUAUCAUCAUGGCAAAGUUUAUUGCUGUGUUUGCUCAGCCUGAUCAGGAGAUUGUCAGAAAGAAAUCUGAAUUUCUUUCCCUUAUGUUUGCAGUGCUUGGAUUUGUAUCUUUUUUCGCCAUACUUAUAAAGGGUUUCUGUUUUGGUAAAUCAGGAGAAAUUCUGACCAUGAAACUGAGACUCGCAUCCUUCAAGGCUUUGAUGAAGCAGGAUCUUGGCUGGUUUGAUGACCCAAAUAACAAUGUUGGAGCACUCACAACAAGGCUGGCCUCAGACACUGCUCAAGUACAGGGGGUUACGGGUCUUUGUUUGUCCAUAAUGGUUCAGAAUAUUGCCAACCUGGGAUCUGGUCUGAUUCUUGCCUUUGUUUAUGGCUGGGAGCUGACUCUGCUAAUACUGGUGAUGGUGCCCCUCAUGGUAGUGGCCGGAGCUUUGAAAAUAAAGUUGUUAGCUGGACAAAAUGCAGAAGAAAAGAAAGAGCUGGAGAAAGCUGGAAAGAUUGUCACAGAAGCCAUCGAGAAUAUCCGCACUGUUGCCUCUCUCACCAGAGAACACACGUUUGAAUAUCUAUACCACAAGAACCUCCAAGUCACAUACAAACACUCCCAGAAAAAAGCUCAUUUGGAGGGUUUAAUCUUCUCUUUCACUCUCGCCAUGGUCUAUUUUACUUACGCAGGUUGUUACCGAUUUGGAGCUUGGCUUGUCACCCACAGACAAAUGAGCAUUGAGGGAGUUUUCCUUGUGGUUACAGCAAUUUUGUUUGGUGCUACGGCUGUUGGAGAGACCAAUUCCUUUGCUCCAAACUAUGCCAAAGCCAAAUUGUCUGCAGCUGACAUUAUAAAGCUUUUGGAAAGACAGCCAGCUAUUGAUAAUCUCUCAGAAGAAGGACAGACACUGGACCAAUUUGAUGGUACCGUGCAAUUUGAGGGUGUAAAGUUUAACUACCCUUCACGCCCUAACGUAUCUGUCCUCCAAGGGCUGAAUGUAAAAGUGAGCAAGGGUGAAGUUUUGGCUUUGGUAGGAAGUAGUGGUUGUGGAAAAAGUACAGUCAUCCAACUUCUGGAGAGGUUCUACGAGACCAUGGAUGGAACAGUGAUGCUUGAUUCCAAGAGUGUGAAAGAGCUGAACAUCCACUGGCUGAGGUCUCAGAUAGGUAUUGUGUCCCAGGAGCCUGUGCUGUUUGACUGUAGCUUGGCUGAAAACAUCGCCUAUGGAGACAACAGUCGUACUGUAACUUUGGAGGAGAUUAAGGCAGCUGCUGAGGUGGCCAACAUUCACAGCUUCAUUGAAAACCUGCCAAAGAAGUAUGACACUCAGGCAGGCGAUAAGGGGACCCAGCUAUCUGGUGGUCAGAAACAACGAAUAGCCAUAGCCCGAGCCAUCCUCCGUAACCCCAAACUGUUGCUUCUGGAUGAAGCCACGUCUGCACUUGACACUGAGAGCGAGAAGGUGGUGCAGGAGGCGUUGGACAAAGCAAGGCAGGGCAGGACAUGUAUCGUUGUCGCCCACCGUUUGUCUACCAUCCGAAAUGCAGACUGUAUUGCUGUCAUUCAGGGAGGUGUGGUGGUAGAACAAGGGACACAUAAUGAAUUGUUUGCCAAAAAGGGAGUCUAUCACAUGCUGGUCACAACCCAGAUGGGCCAUUGAAGAGAAUCAGAAUGUCAUUAACGGUUCCCCGCAUUAUGUUUUAAUUCGAGAUUUCUUUGUGUUGUGAUUUAGUUCUGUUUCAGCACCCCGUUUUUUUUUCUUUGUUACCAUGGGUGCUGAUUGUCGUCACCUGCCUCUGACUGCUCCCGGUCUAUAAUCAAAGAGGUAUAAGGUCCUGCCUCACGCCACCUCUUCCUGGCAGUCUUAUUUGCGACACUCGGGAUUUAUUUGCUUCCUGCUCUUUUUGUUAGCUAGUCUUUUUACUAAGCCUUUGCUGUAGCUUCCUGUGCAGUCGGCACAUUUUGUAUGAUUAUUAGAAUAAAUCAUGUUUCUUACCUGUAUGCUGGAGGUAGAGUACAGGAUCAAUCACAGACCCUAAAUUCUCUGACUAAGCCUAAAAAGAUGUGGUUAUGGUUAUGGUUUCCGUUUAUUUCAAACAUGCACACAAUGUAAUAAAUCACAUAUUUCCAGUUUUUCAUUACAGCAUGUCCGAAAUAGGAGUAGAUUAGAUUAGAUAGUACUUUAUUUAUUCCGUCAGGAGAGUUCCUUCAGGAAAAUUAAAAUUUUCAGCACAAUCCCAUUCAAGAUCAGACAAACAUUAAAGGGAGACAGAACAGGAUCGCUGACGGGUCUGCCGUCUUCCAGCGCCCCUUAUAAAAAAAGAUGAGAUACAGGUAAACAAGGGGGGGAGAAAAAAAUUGAAGAUUAAAAUAAAAUUAAAAAAUCGGUCUUAGCCUGGGCCCUGGAGAGGGGGUGCAGACUGAGGCCAAGGGAAAAAAACAACAACUCAUAGCCAUAGUACACACCCCUCUUACAUGUGUGUAAGAGGGAAACAUCAAACAUCAAAGAACACAUAGGACAUUAAAGAUAUUAAAGCAGCAGAUACAACCAGACACUUCUACAUACAGCUAUGAAUAAAAAGUAAAAGAAACAUAUCCACUGUGGUGGCCUCUGCGGUGUUCCACGCCAUUGUCCGCUUGGGUGGAGGGAGGAUGGCCAGAGACAGGAGCAGACCCAACAAAGCAACCUGGACAGCCGACUCCACUCCCGGCCAGUGUCCAGUCCGCAUGGAUGAGCGAGGAUACGUCCAAGGUGACUGAGGUGUCCGACACCUGCUCACCCAGUCGAGACACCGCGAAGCCUCUCCGUCCCAGCGCUCAGUGCCAGCUCCGCAGCCCUGUCCCCUCAUCAGCAUCUCCUCCAGUCCCUCCAAAGCGACUCCGGUGUGGCAGAGACCCAGCAGCUGGUCUCCAUGGCCAAAAGGCUCCCGGGAGGCAGAUCCAGAAGUCCACAAAAAAAGCACCACAGAGGUCACGAAAGUGUCACACAGUCCCAAAGGGUCCCGGACCAAAAGGCAAAAAAAUAUAAUAACACAUGAAAACAAGAGGGAAACACAAAAGAAUGAUACAAGAGCACAGAGCUCCUGCCUACAGCAGCCACUACAGCAGUGCUAUCUUGGAAAAAAAAAAAAAAGGAGGAAGCAGAGCUUAUUUAUCCGACCCCUUUUUGUGUCGUAACAGCUCUUUAAAGGGGAACUAAACGGAAGUAAAAGUCCACUUGGAGCAGCGUGAAUGGGAGCUCCACUAUUUCGCCCAUAAAAUCUACUAACCAAAAAAGAUAAUUCAAAAAGCUCCAACAAUGUAAAUGGAGUUUACAUUUCCUGAUUUGAAUUUUUACCAAACAUUAGUGAUAUUAGCUGCG